AUGGAACAAUCUGAUGGCUCUGGUCCUCAGCUCCCUACAGCCUACGAGCCAGAGCCACUCGGCAAAUACGGUACGCUGGAUGUCGCCUUCGAGUAUGACUCCAGCGAGCAGUAUUUGGCCGUCACGGUCACUGCUGCAACAGACAUUCCUGCACUUAAACAGACGGGUAACAUCGCGUGGCAGGUCCACCUGGUCCUGCUGCCCACCAAGAAGCAACGGGCCAAGACUGGUGUACAGAAGGGUCCGUGUCCUGUCUUCACGGAAACGUUCAAGUUUUCCAGGGUGGAACAGGAGACCCUAGGGGACUACGCUGUUCGCUUCCGCCUGUACAGCAUCAGGCGGAUGAAAAAGGAGAAGGUCCUGGGAGAGAAGGUUUUCUACCUGACUAAGCUCAACCUGCAGGGCAAGAUGGCUCUACCUGUCACCCUGGAGCCGGGCUCUGAACUUACAGGUUGCGGCUCUCUGGUGAGCGUGUCUCGCAGUGCAGGAGCGCCGUCCUAUCGCUCCACUGAAGACUCUUCCUUGCCAGAGAUCCUCCUGGGUCUCAUUUACAACUCUGCCACAGGACAGUUAUCUGCUGAGGUCAUCCAGGGAAGCCACUUCAAAACCACAGCGUCUGAUAAACCCGUCAAUGGUCUGUUCUGUUGUAUAAAACACUUUGUAGGGGGGCAGCUUUAUAUCAUGAGAGACACCUAUGUGAAGCUCACCAUGCUGGACUCCAAGGGGAAAGAGAUGUCCAAGUGCAAGACGGCCGUAUGCCGCGGCCAGCCCAACCCCACCUACAAGGAGACGUUUGUGUUCCAAGUGGCGCUCUUCCAGCUGUCCGAGGUGUCGCUGGUGCUGUCUGUGUUCUGCCGCCGGAGCAGCAUGAGGCCCAGGGAGAGGCUGGGCUGGGUCUCCCUGGGCCUAAACAGCUCCGGCGAGGAGCAGCAGGCCCACUGGGCAGAGAUGAAAGAGGCCGAAGGACAGCAGGUCUGCCACUGGCACACACUCACAGACACAUAGGAGGAAGAUUUAUGAAGACUUAUAUUAACAGCAUUCCCUAGACAGUCAAGAGUUUUAGGCGAGAAGGAAGCAGCUUGUCAGAUGUAUGAUGUGUGCGCAUACAGGUGUGAGGACAGGCAUGGGUUCCCAGUCUUUACUGCCAGAGACUGAACAAAUACCCUUUAAUCUGCCAUUUUAAUCUGCUGUAGACAGGCUGACAUAAUUGGUGGAGAUCCAGCUCGGGGCCUUUUCUUGACAAUAAAAAAGGCAAUGACAAACUGAAAAACUUACCAAGAACCGAAGGAAACCGUUUGUUUUCCAGUAAUGCUGCCUACAACAAGAUCUGCAUGUACCCUAACUUGUUUACAGGACAAUGUUAAGACUUUUUCAAACAUUUUGCAUCUCUAAAUAUUGGACCAAAGAGCUCAGUCCAGGACGAGCUGACUCCUCCCUGUUUCUUCCAGGCUUCUCUGGACUUCAGCUGCCACCAGCAUACCAGACAUUUCUCUAUCAGUCAUAGCCGUUGACAAAAGAGAAGGCAAUGAAAAGACUGUUACAAAAGGGCCUACAACAUGCUGCAACUAUGCUUACAAGCUAUGCUUUGUACAGUAUAUUUACAUGCACGACAUUAUGCAAGUUUCCUUCAUCGGUUUCCCCCUUCAUGUUUUUGGAUUAUCAGUCAAAUGGUUUACCAGUUUUAUGGGUGUCCCUCUAGGGGUAUGUGUUACACAAAGACUUUCUUUUGUUUUUUAUUAUUGUGGGCUUGUAUGACUCAGUGCACUAUGCAUCUGACGCUACUUUAAACUAGAGGACUGAAAUUCUUAUGCUCGCUGAGUUUCUUACAGAAUUGGACACAGCUCUGCUUGCCACUGGUAUCAAAGAGCAGCUUCCUUUCCAGUGUAAUACAUAUUGAGCCGCUUUCACCAUUCAGCCUUCUGACAAGUCAGCCAUGUUCAUUCAUGUAGAAACACGGUGCUUCCCGCUGAGGAGGAAUAUGCAAAAGCCUGCGCAGUCCAAUAAACCCGGCUUUCUGUGAGGCCGUGCUGAUGACA